AUGGCAGACCUUAGCAAUAUCCUCGCCGCGCUGGCGGCACAGAGGCAAGGUAGCACUCCGCAAGCCGCUCCCCCUCCACCUGUUCCUGGUGCCUCGUACCCUCCACCUCAAUACGCCACUCCCCCUGGCAGCGCACCGCCCUACGGACUCCCUCAGCCCAUACACUCCGGGAGUGUCGACUUGACCAACAUAAAGCCAGUCAGCUCCGGCUCUGUCAGCAUUGCCGAUGCUGUCGCCAAAGCUCGGGGCAUCGCUGCCGAAAAGGGCAUCUCUUAUGAUCCUAGUAGACGGAUGAACGACGCGGGAACGAGCGCGGUUACAAUAGAGAGCGCUCCUUUUCUCCAAGAGGCGGACGUUAUUCUCCUGGACGAUAUCGAGAUGAUCGCUCACCUGGGCUUGACCGAGGAGGUGAAGGCGAAUCAGAAAUUCUACCUCUCGACAAAGGUGUGGAUAUCUGGCAGUCGAGCGGCCCGGACAGCGGCCAAGGCCGAGAUUUUCAGGAUCAUUGACGACAACGAAGUUGUGAAGAGGGGUCAGGACAAGCCCCGCACCAACCAAACCAAGGUCACGAGUACCAAAGAAGGCGACAGCCUUCAAAUGAUGGUCCCCGAUCGCACCGUGGGUUUGAUUAUUGGUCGAGGAGGAGAAACUAUUCGAGAUUUACAAGAUCGAAGUGGAUGCCAUGUCAACAUCGUUGGAGAAAACAAGAGCGUGAAUGGUAUGCGACCGGUCAACCUGAUUGGCAGUGCGUCGGCACAGCAAUAUGCAAGAGAUUUGAUCCUUGAGAUUGUAGAGAGUGAUCAGAAAGGUAUCAGCAUCAAAGAUCUCCACCGUGAGCGAGAGGACUCGCACGGCAAGAUUAACGAUAGCAUCGUUGUACCCGGCGAAGCGGUGGGUAUGAUCAUCGGCAAAGGGGGUGAGUCUAUCCGUGAUAUGCAGAAUCAAACAGGGUGUAAGAUCAAUGUCUCGCCUGCUGCUGGACGAGAUAUUGAACGCGAAAUUGGUCUUAUCGGUAGCCGGCACGCCAUUGAUGCCGCCAAACGUGCGAUCAUGGAGAAAGUCGACGUUGUGCGUGCUCGGACACAAGCUCGUGAACGUGAAAGUCGCGACGACUAUACGGACAGGUAUCCCGGACAGCAGCCUGUGUAUCCUCCCGCUGCCGGUGGUAUUGCACAAGGCGUUGCACCACCCCCAGCGGCAGGGGAUGCAGACCCAUAUGCUGCAUAUGGUGGCUACCAGAACUACCUUCAGAUGUGGUAUGCAGCCAUGGCAGCUCAACAACAAGGUGGCCAAGGUCAAGGUGAGCAACGAUGA